AUGUAUUCUAUGGCACAACAGUUCUGUCUCAGGUGGAACAACCACCUUCCUAAUUUCAUCCAGGCAUUUUCUGAUUUGCUUGAGAGCCAAUCCUUAGUGGAUGUCACACUGUCAGCUGAAGGUCGUCAAAUUCAAGCUCACAAGGUGGUGUUGGCAGCAUGCUCAACUUACUUUCAGGCUUUAUUUGCAAACAAUCCUUGUCGACAUCCAGUGAUCAUCAUGAGGGAUGUGGAGUAUAAUGAUGUGAAAACACUGAUUGAUUUCAUCUAUAAGGGAGAAGUGAAUGUAUCACAAGAGCAGUUGACUUCUGUCUUGAAGACUGCUGAUUCCUUGCAAAUAAAAGGUCUUGCAGAAAUACCAUCAGCUAGUCGUAAUCUGACUCCAGAGCAGACUCUAGCUUCUGCAGCCUUUGCUAAUAACUCAAUCCCAAGAUCCAGAUCCCAAGAUGAAAUUCCACCAAUGAAGAUACAGAGAAUGAGCUUUGAAGAUGGAACUGGAGCUCUGAUAUCUCAUGGGAGUGAAUGUCGACCAAGCAGAUUUCGCAAGUUACAUCGACAACAGCGAAUAAAACGAGACUUAGAGUGCACUCAGAGUGAGCAAGAAUUCAUAUCAGAUGAGGAGGGAGACCAACACAGUAUCCUGCCAAAUAUAACAAUGAAGCGGCAGAUGUCUCACCCUUCGGUAGUCAUCCCCAGUCCACCUCCCAAAUCCCCAACUUCUCUUGAAGAAAUUCGGAGACCUUACUUGAUCGUUCCCUCACCAACCAUCAUUAUCACAGCUGAUGCUGAAGGGGGGGAACAGAGUAGUUCUGGAAAGAAUGAGGAUAAUUCCACUUUGAAGCGCAGUGCAUCUUCUCCUCAAUAUGCUACAACCAAGACAAGAGGCCACUGCCCAGAGUUGCGUUCUGGCUCAGCAGUUGGAUGUGAUUACUGCUGGAACAAGACUGACCCUGAGGGACGGAUCCAAAGGCGUAAAACCAAAUAUCGAUGCCCAGAAUGUGGAGCAAACUUGUGUAUUGUCCCUUGUUUUCAGGAAUUCCACAAGCAAAUUGUUGAAAUGGGGGAGAAAGUCAAGAGGAAUUACCUGACA